AUGAAGGCUGUUCCCUACGCAUGGGCGGCGAGGCCCUCUGUAGCAGCAGCAGCAGCAGCAGCAGAAGCAGCAGCAGCAGCAGCAGCAGCAGAAGCAGCAGCAGAGUCAGCAGACGAAGAGGCCUUCGUAUGGGAUAAAGAGGAAGCAAAUGAGCUGCUGCAGCUGCUGCAGCGGCGUGAUGCUGCGCCUUACCUCAGGGCGCAGCAGCAGCGACAACAGCAGCUGCUGCAGCAGCAGCUGCUGCAGCAGCAGCAGCACCAGACUGAUGGCUUGCCGCUGCAGCAGAGUAUGAGAUCCCCCCAGCAUCAACAGCAGCAAAGCUUCGCUGCAGCAACAACUCCUACUGCCUUUGAAAGCAGCAGGGGGCCUCAUAAUGCGAGUGCUGAAGCAACAGCAGCAGCAGCAACAGCAGCAGCAGCACCGAGCCCUUCAGCAGCAGCAGCAGCAACAACAGCAGCAGGAGACAGUCUCUUCUGGUAUGUCCCAUCAGAGGGCUGCUACACAACAAAGCCAGUAUACAUUCCUCUGCUGCAGCUGCUGCGAGAGCAGCAGCAGCAGCGACGGGCAGCAGCAGCAGAGCAGCAGAAGCGGCAGCAGCAGCAGCAGCACCAACAGCAAUUGCUGCUGCUGCAGCAGCGCAUGCAGACGGGAGCACCUCAGGGUUUGCUGCUAGAAGCAGAAGCAUAUGUUGCUGCUGCGCUGCUGCGGCGGCGGUUGCAGCUGACAGCAGCAAAUAAGAAGCUGGAUGGUCGCCAGCAGAGCCUUCUUUGA